AUGUUGGAUCCAUGCAAACCGGAACCAACAGUGGUGAUCAUUGGUGCAGGGAUGGCUGGACUUUCAGCUGCGCAUCGUUUAGCACAAUGUGGUCUUCAAAAUUUCACAAUAUUAGAGGCAACGGAUAGACCAGGAGGCCGAAUCCAUUCAUGUUGGUUAGGUGACGUAGUGGCGGAAAUGGGCGCCACUUGGAUCGAAGGAGGAUGCGUGGCGAAUCCUGUUUUCACCUUAGCUGCUCAAGAGGGUCUUCUGAAGCCACCUCUGUUCAGACCUGAUCCGAGUCGCGGUCUUUUUUGUACAAGCGAUGGACGGGCUAUCGAUCUUCCUGUCAGCAUUACUGCUUAUCAUACCUUCCGUCAAAUCGAGCAACAGGCAGCAGCUCUUUUCUCCCUAGGUUGUGGCCGCACCCACGGUACGUUGCUGAAUUUCAUGGGUGUCAGAAUUCAGCAGGAGCUCCACAAUUUCCCGGAGGAGCAACGAUAUGACGCAGCCAGAGUGAUGUACGGAAUGACAAACUGCGUGAGAUGCCGGUGCGGUGAUGAUCUUUCGCUAGUUUCUGCUGAUCAAUUUGGAAGUUACAUCGAGAUUCCUGGUGGUAAUGUUAGAGUGCCUCUUGGCUACGUUGGUGUACUUGCUCCGCUGCUACGAGAUUUGCCAAGCUGUUCUCUCAAAUACUGUAAGCCGGUUAGUUGUGUCAGAUGGGGUGCCAUAAGUGAUUCUUGUCCUCGAGCUGUGGUGAAGUGUUGCGAUGGCGAAGAAUUUCCCGCUGAUUACGUUAUCGUUACCGUGUCUCUUGGUGUCCUGAAACAUCAACACGAUAAACUUUUCUGUCCAGCAUUGCCUGCUGAAAAAGUCGAAGCUAUUUGUAAAUUGGGAUAUGGUUACGUUAAUAAAAUAUUCUUGGAAUACGCGAGGCCGUUCUGGGUUUGGAAAGAAGGUGGCAUUAAGCUAGCUUGGUCAGCUGAUGAACUUGCUGACAGAUGCGACUGGGUGAAAGGAAUCUCAAACAUAGAAGAGUUAUCGACAUCACAGCACGUUUUAUGUGCAUGGAUCUGUGGUCGUGAAGCAGCGGAUAUGGAAUUAUGUUCCGACGAAGAGGUGGUUGAGUCAAUAACAAGAGUCCUUCGACAAUUUACCGGUGAUCCAACGCUUCCUUAUCCAGCAAAUCUCCUCAGAAGUAAAUGGUGCAUGGAUCAAUACUUUGCUGGUGCAUAUAGUUAUAUGGGAAUGGACAGCACUGUUGGGCAUCAGUGCGAUUUGGCCAGUCCUUUGCCAGGUACAUGUGAACCAAUACCACCAAUUCUCUUAUUUGCUGGAGAAGCCACAAUUCCGGGUCACUAUAGCACAGUACACGGUGCUAGAUUAAGUGGCAUUCGAGAAGCUGAAAGGAUAAUUCAAUUGACGAAACGUUUUGGUGGUCCACCAAAGAAAAUUAUCGAGAAGAGUUCUUAAA